AUGAUGCGGGGCGAGCUGCCCGAGAACGCUGCCCCGACCGAAGCCAUCGAAGCGCUGCGCCGGCUUAAGAACGCGGGGGAGGACGGCGCAGACGCUGCCGAUAGUGGUGUACGCGCAAGGGAGGCCGCGCCCCGCGCUGUGCCGCGGGAAAGCACAGUGGCGGCCGCGCUGCGAGAACCACCGAAGCCGGUGUCACAGCAGCCUGUGAAUCUGUACGGCGACUCCAAGAAGGACAUCCCCGCGAAGGGUUGGGAGUACGUCGACCCGAAAGGCAAGACACAGGGUCCGUUUACCUUGGAGCAGAUGAAGAAAUGGUUCAACAAGGGAGAUUAUUCAAGCCUGACCUCAAAAUGA